UAUUCGAUCGACAGAGCAAGAUUCUGUGCACCUAUCUUCCUUUUUUUCUUUCAAGUUUUCAUAUAUUUCUUACAAUCAGGUGUUUAAUCUAAACGGUCAAUAUUUGCAAAAAGAAAAUAAAAGUAAAACUCAUAAUGAAAUCUCUCAAUGGUUUUUUGCUUCCUUUAGUCAUAGCUUUUGCCAUUCUUCAAUCAGUCCAACCUCAAGAUCAAUCAGGAUUUGUCAGCUUGGAUUGUGGAUUAAUCCCUAAAAGCACAACAUAUAGGGAGAAGACAACAAAUAUAACAUACACAUCAGACACGGACUAUAUCGACAGUGGAUUAGUCGGGAGGAUCAACGAUUCAUACAAUACACCGUUACAACAACAGACUUGGACCUUAAGAAGCUUCCCUGAAGGUCAGAGAAACUGUUACAACUUCAACCUUAAGGCCAACCGCAAAUAUUUGAUUAGAGGUACCUUUGUGUAUGGGAAUUAUGACGGUCUAAACCAGAUCCCAAAGUUUGAUCUUCACGUUGGUCCUAACAAAUGGACUUCUGUUAUAUUGGAUGGAGUAGCAAAUGCUUCGAUCUACGAGAUGAUCCAUGUCUUACCACAAGACCGGCUUCAAGUUUGUCUUGUCAAAACAGGACAAACAACACCGUUUAUAUCGGCGUUAGAACUUCGUCCGUUAAACAAUAGAAGUUACGUGACUCAAAGUGGAUCGUUGGCGUCGUUCGCCAGGAUUUACUUUCCGCAGAAUCCAUCUUACCUCAGGUUUGAUGAAGACUUCCAUGACCGAGUUUGGGUUCCAUGUAGCGAGAAUGAAACCCUGUCGAUAAGUACCAAUCUUCAAGUCAAUACAAGUAGUAACUCCUACGACGUGCCUCAAAAGGUGGCGAAUUCUGCAAUCGUUCCUGCAAAGCCUACUGAUCCUCUUAACAUAUGGUGGGAUCUUGGUCACGCCAAAACAGAAUCGUAUAUAUACAUGCAUUUCGCUGAAAUUCAGAAUCUUGGCAAUAAUGAGAUCAGAGAAUACAACAUUACUUACAACGGUGAUCAGGUUUGGGAAUCUUUCUUUAGACCUGGCAAACUCAACAUCACAACAAUUAUUAGUCCAACGGCGUUGAGUUCUCCAGAUGGGAUAUUCAAUUUCACUUUUACAAUGACCAAAAACUCUACUCUUCCUCCACUUAUCAAUGCCCUUGAAGUUUAUACAGUUGUUGAAAAUUUACUGCUGGCGGCAUACCAAGAUGAAGUUUCUGCUAUGAUGAACAUCAAGAAAACAUAUGGAUUGAAUAAAAAGAUAAGUUGGCAAGGAGAUCCAUGUUCUCCUCAAAUUUACCGAUGGGAAGGUGUGAAUUGCCUUCAGUUGGACUCGGAUCAACCUCUCAUCAUAUCCUUAAACUUGACAACAAGCGGACUGAACGGUACCAUAACCCCUGAUAUAGCUAAGCUUAUACAAUUGAGAGAACUAGAUUUAUCAAAGAAUGAUUUAUCAGGAGAUAUUCCACAGUUUCUUGCUGAUAUGAAGAUGCUGACACUCAUAAACUUAAGCGGAAACCCAAAGCUCAGUCUCACAAUUCCAGAUUCUCUUCAACAAAGGAUAAACAACAAAUCUAUAACACUAAUAAUAGAUCACAAACCGAGUAGAAAUUUUACUUUGGUUACUAUUGAGAUAUCGGUGGCUGGCGUGAUCACUGCACUAGCUAUCCUUGCCAUAUGUUUUAUUAUUGCAAGGAAAAAACAUAAUAAAGUUUCAAGCAGCGUUAAUAGUGAGAAGAGAUUAUCCAAUCAAUCAAUCGGAACAAAGGAGCGGAUAUUCACGUAUUCCGAGAUACUAAAGAUGACGAAUAACUUUCAGAGAGUUCUUGGUAAAGGAGGCUACGGAAGAGUGUAUUAUGGAAACUUAAAUGAUACUCAAGUAGCUGUAAAAAUGCUCUUUCAUACAUCAGCUGCUCAAGAUUAUAAACAUUUUAAAGCAGAGGUUGAACUUCUUGUAAGAGUCCACCACAGACAUUUGGUGGGACUUGUGGGUUAUUGCGAUGAUGGUGAUAACUUAGCUUUGAUUUAUGAAUACAUGGCAAAUGGAGACUUGAAGGAGAAUAUGUCAGGAAAACGUGGUGAGCAUGUUCUAACUUGGGAAAACAGAAUACUAAUAGCUAUGGAGGCAGCACAAGGAUUGGAGUAUCUACACAAUGGAAGCAUUCCUCCCAUGGUCCAUAGAGAUGUGAAAACUACUAACAUACUAUUAAAUGAGCUGUUUCAAGCGAAACUAGCCGAUUUUGGGCUCUCUAGAUCUUCCCCGGUUGAUGGUGAAUCUUAUGUAUCAACAGUAGUUGCAGGAACACCUGGUUACUUAGACCCUGAGUACUAUAUAACAAACUUGCUAAGCGAGAAGAGCGACGUGUAUAGCUUCGGGGUAGUGCUACUAGAGAUCAUCACAAACCAGCCUGUGAUCGAUACAACCCGGGAGAAAUCUCACAUUACACAAUGGGUUAGCUUCGUUCUCCUGGAAGGAGACAUUAAUAAUAUUAUUGACCCAAAACUAAUAGGAGAUUUUGAUACAAAUGGUGUAUGGAAAGCUGUGGAGUUGGCGCUGGCAUGUGUAAACCCUACCUCCAACCGUAGACCAACAAUGCCACACGUUGUGAUGGAGCUAAAAGAGUGUCUGGAUUCAGAGAUUGCCAGGAAACAAGGGAGUCAAGUGAUGUAUUCUAAAGAUUCUGUUGAUUUUAGCCUAUCUCCUGGUUCCGAACUCUCUCCUGGACCCAGGUGAAUUGAAAGGAUUUAAUAUUUUUGAACACAAUGAUAUGUUGAAAUAAACAUUGCAAUGUUAAGUUAUCUUUGAAAUUGAACCUUUUCUUCUCUAUGCAUAAGCAAGCAGUUUGUUUCAGUAGUAAUGUAUGUGUAACUUUCUUGGGUUACAAGAAACCAUAUUUUCCAUUCAUGUGUUA